AUGGACCCCAAACCGGUGCAGCCGCCAAAUUUCCACAACCUUGAGAUUUCUGGGUCAUGGGAUGGGGAAUUUGAGGGUCCAGUGAAACUCAGGAUAUCUCUCGAUGUUCAGUCUGCUCCGGACACAGAGCUGCGGCUUUUGGACACCAAAGCUUCAGCCAUCUUUCUUAAGACUGCUUCGGCGCGAGUUUUAUCGGACGAAUCGAAUGACAACAGUUCUUUGUUUGCUUUUCCUAUCUCGAAUUCUGAUAAAUUAAAAGGUGGUCGACGCUUUUCAGCUGAGAGACCUCCCAAAAGUGAAGACGCCCUUUCAGCAUCCCCAGACGGGCCUCCCCUCCCAAGCCGUUCCCUCAUGAAAGAGCUCAGGACGUACCAAGACACUGUUUCUGCAAAGUUCUCCGAUUUGUGCGUCAAUGUUGCGGAGUAUGAAGACCUGACUCAUUCGCCACAAUUGAUGAAAAGGAGUGCUGCGGACGCAUGCUUCACGAAUUCCGAAGUAGCCUCGGAUGGAACGCCAACUCACAAGAGACAAGCGUCCAGCAAUGAAACCGACAAGACCCUGAGCUCAUUUUCGAAACUCGGAGAAGGAAGUAUCAAAUCUGGUAAACUCCUCGGUCUUAAGGCUUGGCUGGAGACAGCAGCACAACCCCAUGAAGACAGAGAACUCGCUGAUACCGGUGAAGAUGAGCUACGUCCGGAGGAAGUAAACUCGGAUAAUUGCGAGACUGCGAUAGGUGAUGUGACUAACACAAAGGAUACCUGUGGGCUAUCCACCCCUGUGGUUGAGUCGCCAAAUACACCUCCGAGACAGGAAACUCCGACGAUGGAAAAGCUCUGCAGUACCCCAGACCCUCAAGCUCAUACUCCUUACGACCAAGAAAGUAUCCCAAGUGGCUUGUCAGCAUCACCUAAUCUCUCGCUCUUAUUCAGUACACCCAAGCAGUCGAAUUCCAAGCCUGGAACUUGGGAGAAACAUUAUUUGAUCGAGGAGACAACCGAGGAUGACGAUGGAAUUGCGAUCGAGCCACUCAUAGAGUUCUCUUGGACCGACCCCAAAUUGAUUCUCUCCAAUGGGGAUCUCAUUGUGAAGUUUUCCAGCAAAACACGAGAGGCCUCCUACAGAAUAGACGUCAACCUUACCGUCUACGUGGAUGAUGACUAUGUCAAAGGAUGGAGCACAAUAUUGCUGCCAGGGCUCCCUCGUCUGCAGGCUGGAGAGACCGGGUCUUUCUUGUUCCUUCUUCCGGAGGACCGUGGUCUCGAAUUCCGCACUAAAUAUAUGCAGCGUUGUACGAUGAUGGAAGAUUGUUUCUUUGCUGAGUUUACCAGUGUCAGGAACCUUAUCAUUUCAAUGCGCGUAUGUGGUCGAAAAUUUUACGGCUUUCUCAAGAACUUCAUCGUGGAUCAAGAGGUUAUCGCCCAUCAUGCGGUAGUUAAUUCUGAAGCAGAGAGCGAUGAAUCUAUCAGCUAUCAUGCUAUGUGCUCGCUGAAAUUGAGCCAGCGCUAUCUUUGCUCCGAUAAAUGCGGUUUUUCCUUCUACGUGGACGGAGGUCCAGAUGGUUUUUUCAUCUGCAAACUCGAGCACCAAAAGGCAGGGCUGCCGAUGAUUAAAAUACCGAGUGGCGAUUCAGCCUCCGCUGGAACUUCUCGUGUCCAAGUGAUCUGCUCACCAAAGGAUUUGGGAAUGUUCUGUUUGACAUGGUCCAUUCCAUCAGCUGAUCGACAUGCCGUUCACUGGCUUCCUCGCAUCUACCCGGCAUCCCCCAGAUACUUAAAAGGCAGUCGGGAUCAUCUGCGUGACACAUUUACUGAAUUGAGCAGUAGAGGACUCUUUGAGGUUACUGGAGAUAAGACCAAGCAGCUAGCACGCGAGGAGAUCGAUGCUGACAAGGAAAAUCACGCUUCCGAUAAAAAAGCAACCUUCGGUCCCGACCCCUUCAGUCCUGAUCACUACGAGGCCCCUGACGCUCUUAUUCUGUUUCGCUUGUUGAUGUCGACUCUCGGAGCUAAGAUCCUACAGCAUACCAAAGGCUGCAUAGUAACUGCCAUGUCGUUCAUAUCCCGCCCGUACCAAUGGAUACUUUCACGCAUGAAGCAUCUCAUGCUAGCUUUAGGCUCUGCAUGUGUCCUACUGGGAGUGGUGUGGCUCUUUGUGAGAGAUGCGGGCUUUGGGGUCUUGAGCUCUGUUCAAAACCUAUCAGAUCCGUUGGAUUUGAGCAAAAUGUGUGGUGGAAAUGGAACGAUGGUCGAGAACGUAAGCGCUUGUCUUGACGAUAGUAUCUUCAAAGAAGACCCCAGUACUAUUAUCACACCUGGGGGAACAGUCGAGCUCAAUUUCAUCGAAGCAGAUAGCGACAAUCAAAUGGAAAGGCCGGUGCGGGAGAGCACAGAUGGCGAUAAUGGGGACGCGGAGGCGAACCUCGGAGACAAUAAGGCCGCAGAACUUCUUUCUUUCAGAGAUAGGAUCGACCAUUGGCUCGGAUGGAAAGGGCCUGUCAACCGCAGAUCCUGA